CUGACGCGAGAUCACACUGAUCUCAGCACCCGAGUCAAGCAAAGCCAGGAUCUCGGAAGUAGCAGCUGGCACCGGAGAGGUGAGUGGUACAAUGGGCAGAUAGAGAAGCGAUCCAAUCUUGUUAGCUGCAACGGACGGAGCAGCCUUGCGGUCGUCGGAAGUCUGAACAGCGCCAAGCAGAGGCGGAGAGGAGGAGUCGGACGACUGCUCACGUUCAGGACUCUGACUGCGGCGGGUACGACGACACUCGGACGAUCGAUGUCCGAGUUUGCCACAGUUGUAACAACGGAUGGCAUUGGUCGAUGUGUUUGGGGACGAGGAGUCUCCCGCACUCCUGGCGUCCUGCCGAGCAGCACGGCGCUCUUUGAAGGCCGAAGCCUUGCCAGAAGGACGACUCUUGCGAUCAUUGGAAGGAGAGGAGCGAUUGCCCACCUGCAUGGAGUAGAGCUGCCGGUGGUGAUCUGCUCCCGUCGAAUGGUCUUUGGUUCUGGUCUGAUUGUCGAUCUUGCCCACUGAUUCAAGAGUAAGGCAGUCAUAUGCGAUCG